UCUUCUUCCUCAUCCUCAUCCUCUUCUUCUUCUUCUUCUUCUUCUUCUUCAUCCUCAUCCUCUUUCUUCUUCUUCUUCUUCAUCAUCAUCCUCUUCUUCUUCUUCUUCUUCCUCAUCCUCUUCUUCUUCAUCCUCAUCCUCUUCUUCUUCUUCUUCCUCAUCCUCUUCUUCUUCUUCUUCUUCUUCUUCUUCUUCUUCAUCCUCAUCCCUUCUUCUUCUUCUUCUUCUUCAUCCUCUCUUCUUCUUCUUCUUCUUCUUCAUCCUCAUCCCCUUCUUCUUCUUCUUCAUCCUCAUCCUCUUCUUCUUCUUCUUCUUCUUCUUCUUCCAUCCUCUUCUUCUUCUUCUUCUUCAUCCUCAUCCUCAUCCUCUUCUUCUUCUUCUUCUUUUUCAUCCUCAUCUUCUUCUUCAUCCUCAUCCUCUUCUUCUUCUUCUUCAUCCUCAUCCUCUUCUUCUUCAAUUGAAGCUGCUUCUGCUCCACCACUCUGCCAUUGGACUCUUGAUAGUCGUCUCCCCACACUGCUGCCUCUGUAUGGCCUUCAAUUUAAGCUGCUUACGCUUCGCCACUCUGUCAUGGGCCCCUGUACCGCCUCCUCAUGCUGCUGCCAGGUCCGUAAUCUGCCAUGGGCCCCCCGUACCGCCUCCUCAUGCUGCUGCCAG